CUAACCUCAAAAUCCACAAGAGCUAAACAUAACCUCAAAGAGAAUCAAAACAAGAUUUCAUGGAUGUGUUUUCUUUUGCAUUUUCACAAUGAAAUUCCCAAUUACACCGAUUUUCCUACAUCGCAUUGCAAAGUUUGCCACAAAAGUCUCCGUGGAGUUGGAGCAAAAUGUGGCGAAGGCUCUGGAGAAAGUUGAAUAUAAACCCCGGAAGCAUCCUGGUGUGGUGAAGGUGAAGACAAUUCCUAUGCCAGAAUUCCUGGAGGAAACUAUUCCCAAAGUAAUUGGGGAUUACCCACUGGGUGCCAUUUGUCGUGAUGCAGAAGCUUUGGAUAGGUAUCUGUGGAGUAGACAUCCCCCACCAACGGUCGAGGAAGUCAAGAAGAAGCAGGAAAGAUUCCGUGAACUCCUGAUUGAGAAGCAUAAAAUUAAUUUUGCUGAAAUGAGUGAAAAGGAGAGGCACGACGCUAAUAAUAAAUUGUACAAUAAAGUCCAGGCGCGACUCAAGAAGGAAGUCUAUGCGUGGAAGAACAUGCAGUAUGAUACCUACACGAGUCUGCAGUACCUCCUGGGCAGGAGUCCUGGAGAAUAUGCAGCAAUGUACAGGAUUCUCACGGAGAUUCGCGAUAGGGAUCCUUCUUUCACACCAAGGAGUUAUUUUGACUUUGGCUCGGGCGUUGGGAGCGCUCUGUGGGCCACAAUAGGUAUCUGGCCAAAGGGGGGAAUCUUUGAGUACUUCAUGGUGGACGCUUCGGCGGAAAUGAAUGAUCUGGCUGAGCAAAUUCUACGACGUGGGAAUCACGACAAGGAACCAAUGAUUAGGAAUUUCUUCUUCCGGCAAUUCCUCCCGGCCAGUACGACAAACACCUACGAUCUCGUCGUGUGUGCCUAUACGCUGUUUGAGCUGCCCUCGAAGGAUGCCAGGUUGAAGACAAUCAAGACUCUCUGGGCUAAAUGCGAAAACUAUUUGAUUCUCGUUGAAAGGGGUACCCGGGUGGGCUUCCAUCUCAUCACUGAAGCCAGGAAUUUCCUUCUGAAGAUUGACCCGGAAAACUGCCACGUCCACUCGCCGUGUCCUCAUGAUACAACCUGCCCACGACUAGCAGAUCCUGACAAGACUCCCUGCAAUUUCGAGGCUAAAUACGAAAAUCUCCAAGCCUUCCACAAAGAUCGCUACAAGACAGAAACAUUCAGUUACGUUGUGUUGCACAAAAAGCCACGAGAUCCCUCCCGGACUGAGGAUUCCUGGCCUCGGAUCGUGCGUCCUGUUCUUGUACGAUCAAAGCAUUCAAUCUGCCGCAUGUGCACGAAGGAAGGGCGUCUGCAGGAGAUUAUCUUCACGGCUGCAAAACACGGAAAGCAGGUCUACCAAUGCGCUAGAAAAAGCAAUCUAGGUGACAGACUUCCCAUCAACAUUAUCAAUCCGGAGCCAGAAGAAGUUGAAAAUGGUCUUUCUCCGCAUUUUGAGGAUGAAGAAACGAUUUCAGAAAAACUUCCAGAAGAUCCUGAAAAUCAAGAAAAAUUCCCGGAAGUCACACAAGUUCCGGAAUUGCCAAAAGAUCCAUCUUUGAGGUAAGAUCUGCAGUCAAAUCACUUUCUUUUAUUAUUAUUUCCCUUCUUAAGGCGUAGCGCAAAUAAAUACAACACAAAAUGUA